AAGAACAGAGGUAGACAAGCCAAGAGGCGCGUGCCCAGCGGCAGGAACGCUGCUGUGGCACACUGCGUCAUUUAAUAUGGUGAUACCUAUUCAGUUACCCUAGCUGGGCAAGGAGCUCGGGGGACAAAACCAGCACAGGAAGGGCCAUGUCAUCGGGCCACUGGGAGUGGCGACCGUCCUUUCCCAUGGUCACCUUGGCCGUUGCCGGUGUCCAGCUGCUGGUUUACAACCAAGCGUUGGCCAAGCAGUCCUGCUGCAGCAGCGCCUCCGUCGUGUUAGAAGAGGGACAGUGGGUGCGUGUCUUCUCCGCAGCGUUUCACCACCAGAGCAAAGUUCAUCUCGCCGUCGACCUACUUUCCUUCCUUUGGAAGGGCUACAUUCUUGAACUGAGCCUCGGGAGCCAACAGCUACUCUUCGUGCUUGCCAAGCUGUCCCUGCUGGUGGGCGUGACUCAGAUGAUACUGGCCCUGUUCCUGGCCGAGCUAACUGGUUCUCCCGACCUGUACAACACAUGCGCGUCUACCUUCCCUGGCGUCCUGGUGGCUCUUAAAGUGGUCAACCAGCACAACUUUAGUUUCCGCAAGCUACGCAGAGGAGAUGUGGAGGUAGAACUGCCAUCACCCGCGCUCUGCUGGGUUGAACUGGUAGCACUUCACGCGGCUUACGGCGAGAGCGUGCUGCCUUUGCUGGCUGGGCUUCUGGUGGGGAUUAUAUUCAAGAACAGUAUCAUCAGUGCUUUUGUUCCUUCCAGCUGCAAGAACCAGGUAGCCGCAAGGAGCCAGUUCUUGCCGAGCACCUACCUUCUCAUUGGCAUGCUCCUGUCGGCACGCUUUCUAUGUGUUUCCCUGGAGCCAUGCGUCAGCUUCCGCACCGUCUUCAAGCUGUUGCAGAUUCGACAGCUUAUUGUGGCCGCUCUGCACACUCAAAGCACGUACCAGUUCACCUAUACCUUGGUCUCUCUUCUUAGUCUCGGAUACCAGACGGAAAAAAAUUGGGGACACUUCAGGUUUCUCAUUCGUUUCGCGUCAUGUGUGGUUUGGGUCAACGUCGCACACUGUCUUCUGUCCUGGCUCAUGUCCAUCUGCCCAAUGGAAAGUGAUUUUCUUGGGCCCUCACCUUACGACGCCUGCUAUACUGGCCUCACUGGAGCGCUUCUCGCGCUCAAGGUUCUACGUCAUCACGACAAUCCGGAUGCAGAUUACGACAUCGCGUCCUUUCAAAUGUCCAUGCCGCACUGGCUGGGCCUCAUGGUGGAGCUAACACAUCUGUGCUUGUUUACGCCCAAGUCCUGGAUCACGGGGCACACAGCAGGGAUCAUGGUCGGACUCUUACACGCACAUCAACCAAGGAGAUUCUGCAGUUAAAAUUAUUAAACUUUGGCAAGAACAUGCCAUUGGUACUAGUCUUCAUUAAAGAAACUUCAGGUUUUUAAAACUUUA